GUCUCAGAAAAGGCUGCUAAAACUGACGUUGAAGAUAGAUAAGCUGCUCACUGGGCUGAAUUCAGCGUUCAUUUGAGUAACGAACACACCAGAUUAGUCGAAAGAAAGGCCUAAUUGGAAGUCUAAAUCUAAGAAUAAAAGGACACCAUUUGAAGAUGCUCAAUCAUGGAUCGAAUUCCACACCUUAGAAAUUAGAAAACAGUGAAGAAAGACUUGCUGGAUAAUAAGCAUGGUAUGCAGUCUAAUCAGAAAUCUAUGAAACUCAAACUGCUGGAAGAGCUGCAUAAAACGAAAUCGUUGACAGACUCUAAGAACACAUCAGCGAGAAAUUAUCAACCACCGCUCAAUUCAUCAGCAAGAGAAAUUGAUUCAUUAACAUAUACAAUUAUUGACAAUUGUUCUACAUUUAACAGUAUUUCAAUCUUCACUC